GGACGGGAGACUGGGGAGGAUUUGCAGCCUUCUUUUGCAGUAGCUGACGUGGAGCUAUGUGUGCAUCCUGAACACACAAUCAUUCACUGAAGCCUGUGCAGCUGGAGCCACUCUGCACAUCUGUGUCAUGGCCAGUGAAUCCUGGAGAAAUUGAGUCCUGCAAUAGUGAUGUGUGGCCACUAGAGGCAUGAGAGAAGAGCAAGUAGACAUGAAUCACCUCAAAAGUACCAAGAUCCCAUCAGAUAGUUGAAUUUUUUUGAUGGACUGCGUGGAAAAGAAAAACGCUGACGGAGAAGCGCCCUCCGUCAUUGACCGAUAUUUCACACGGUGGUACAGAGCAGAUAUGAAGGGCAAACCGUGUGAGGAUCACUGCGUCCUGCAACAUUCAAACAGGUUGUGUGUUGUCACCUUGGCAGAGACCCACCCGAUCCUUCAGGAAGGACGCACAGUCAAAAGCAUCAAUUACCAGAUCAGUAAUGGCUGCAGUCGUCUGAAUAAUAAAGUAUCUGGAAAGUCCAAACGGGGGGCGCAGUUUCUUACAGAUUUUGCACCAUUGUGCAGGAUAACCUGCUCAGAUGAGACAGAGUACACAAUCUACAGCUGCAUAAGGGGACGUCUUCUGGAGGUCAAUGAGAACAUUUUAGAAACCCCAAAUCUCCUGCUAGAAAAGCCGUCUACCGAUGGAUAUAUUGCCAUCAUCCUUCCAAAGUUUGAGGAAAGCAAGAGCAUAACCGAGAAUCUCCUGACAAGAGAACAGUUUGAGAGCGUCGUCACCAAACGCAAUCUGUCACAACCUCCCUAAUGGAGCAUGAAGGACUAAACCGUUCUGGUAGAGUUUAUUUUUUAUUUGUUUGUUCCAGACAAAGAUUGAGGAAGUGGACUGAAUCUUCCUUCUGAAAAACACUUUUAUGCAAUAGAAGCUCCGUGCCUUCAGUUUUUCACAUUGCCGGGUGUUCAGGAUGUUUUCAACUUCAUUUAUGACUUUAUUUUUAUGUUAUUCGAUUAUUAAAAGGAUAAAAAAGGAA